AUGGAUAUCCAAACCACCGCCUCCUCCUCCUCCGCCGCGAGGAGGGCCUUUCUGUUCAUCAACGCCGUCAUCCUCGGCAUCGGCAACUGCGGCGGCCCCCUUAUCAUGCGCCUCUACUUUCUACACGGCGGCAAGCGGAUCUGGUUCUCCAGCUUUCUCGAGACCGCCGGGUGGCCGGUCAUGCUCGCCCCCCUCGCCGCCUCCUACGCCCGCCGCCGCCGCGAGUCCGCCGCGGCGCCGCUGGUACUCAUGGGAACGCGCGUGUUCCUCGCGGCGGCGGCGAUUGGGAUCCUGACCGGCCUCGACGACUACCUGUACGCGUGCGGCGUGGCGCGGCUGCCGGUGUCGACCUCGUCCCUCAUUAUCGCGGCGCAGCUGGCGUUCACGGCGGUGUUCGCGUUCUUCCUCGUUGGGCAGCGGUUCACGGCGUACUCUGUGAACUCGGUGGUGCUGCUGACGACGGGAGCGGCGGUGCUGGGGUUGCACGCGAGCGGCGACCGGCCGGCGGGGGAGACAGCGCGGGAGUACUGGAUUGGGUUCGCGAUGACGAUGGGGGCGGCGCUGCUGUACGGGAUGGUGCUGCCGCUGAUCGAGCUGACGUACAAGAAGGCCAGGCAGGCGGUGACCUUCACGCUGGCGCUGGAGAUCCAGCUCGUCAUGUGCUUUUUCGCCACCGCCUUUUGCACGGUGGGGAUGGUUAUCAACAACGAUUUUCAGGCAAUUGGUAGAGAAGCAAAAGCAUACACACUUGGAGAGACCAAAUACUACAUAGUUGUUGCUCUAAACGCCCUAAUUUGGCAGUGUUUUUUCGUGGGAGCCAUCGGUGUGAUUUUCUACUCGUCCUCCCUAUUAUCGGGCGUCAUCAUGACCGUGUUGCUCCCCAUAACUGAAGUUUUAGCAGCGGUGAAGCGCGCGAGAGCCCUGUGUGAUGGGCUCAGGCUGGCACCCCCCAACGAAUUUUGUCUGUGUUCAUCGGGUUUCGUUCCUUUGAAUCUUGACAUCCUGUGCCGGUUUGGGCAUAAAAAUCACGCUUGA